CGUUAAUGUUCGUCUGAGGUUGUUUUUAAUUGUUGUUUAGGGUGACAAAUUACUCUACACAUACUCCAAAAUGGUUCGUCCCCACAGUCAAGAUCAUAACAGUUUGAAAGUCAAAACUCUGAAAGGAAACGCCAUCGGUCUCAAUAUGGUCGGAAUAAGAAAAAUAUUAACGCCUGAAACCGAGAGCCAAGCCAAACUCUUCACGCCGUUUAAACAACGAUUCAACUACGCGCUUCAACCCACCUGCUGGAGGAGCGAGUUAAGGAAAAACACAUUCAACAAUGAUUCUGAAGAUCCCAUUGUGAAUCGCAAGAAAACCAUAUGUGACACAUUUAUUCAGGAGGAAUCCCAAAACGAACAAACUAAGCGCAAGCAUCUAAUGAGAGACGAGAUGGGAAACCUUGUCUGUCGUGACCGAGCGAAGAAUCCCAAAACCAGGAAGGCAGCAUCCCCAAAACAGCCGAAGAGAGAUGCUGCUGAAAGAUUGAACAGACUUGUACUCGACAUCAGAUGUUUAAAAAUUGGAACAUUGACUAAGAUUUUCAGACGCUGUGACACACUGACCACCCAAUGCAUGUUCACAGUGAAUUACAUUGAGAUCGCAAAUGAAGUACGAAUAGAAACAUCAGAGGUCACCAGUUGUGAAUGGUGCACAGUGAAGAGGCUGCCGUCACUGUUUCUACAGACAACACCCACGGCUAGUCACUGUCUGCGAGCCCAGAUCGUAUAUGAUGUGUAUGAAGACGAUUCACGGGCGUGGUACGACUGCCAGAGCAAGAAUCAAGAAGAAAAAUACAUAGCCCUUAUUUUUGAGAAGGAGCUCACAUUCCCAGAGCAGCUCAUUCUUGAGGAAAUCUUCAUAGAGAUUGGCAGGAGCAAUAACAUCUGCAACUUUCCAGUUAAGCUGUCAUAUGAAGAAGCCUACAAUAGGCUGAAAACACACAACCGUGCUCCAAAACAACAGAUCACUGCGCUUGAGUCCGACGAAGACGAACUUCCUGUCAUGAGUCAGCAGGCCUCGGCAACACUUUCAACCUCUCCUGAUGCCACUCGAUGUGAAAUCGCAACCCUCAGUGUUUCAGACAGUGAUGAGGAUUUGUUAGAGAUCCCCACAUCGCCUGUACACGGAAUCAAAAAACUGGUUGUGUACCCCCCUCCACCAGCCAAGGGAGGUAUAACCAUCACAGAAGAGGACCUCAACUGUCUGGACGAAGGCACAUUUCUAAACGACGUGAUAGUAGACUUCUAUCUGAGGUUUUUGGUCUGCGAGCAGCUAAAGAGAGAAGAUGCUGUUGAUUGCCAAGUGUUCAGCUCUUUCUUCUUCAAGCACUUAACUCAGGAAGAUCACAAAAGGCCUCCAGGUUUAUCCAUUCAAGAGCUGAGGCAUAACCGGGUGAAAACAUGGACCAGGCAUGUGAACAUUUUUGAGAAGGACUUUAUAUUUGUCCCGAUUAAUCAAAGGGCUCACUGGUACCUGGCUGUUAUCUGUUUUCCUGGCCGGGUUUCACCGACCAGUGAUUCAGAUGUGUACGUCAGCGGACAUUCAGCGGAAUGUAUCUGUGGUCAGUCUCCACCCAAUCCCAUGUCUCUCUUCUACCGUCAGGGAUCUUCAGAGCACAACACCAAGUUGAGUCAAACCAUAGGUGACUUGAACAAGAGUUUCGGGUUGGAUUCAGAUGAUGAUGAUGAUGAUAGCGCAACCAUUCAGGCUUUUGAGCACACACGUGUUAACAGUAAAAGCUGUGACUCGAAGCGGCCAUGCAUACUCGUCAUGGACUCCCUUGACUGCCGAUCCAGAUCAUCAGUGGUGCAGAUACUCCAAGAAUAUUUACAAGAAGAAUGGAGGGUAAAAACGGGCUGUUCGCAAAGUUUUGGAAAGGGUGUGAUGGACGGAUGGAGUCCCCUUGUCCCACAGCAGGAUAACUACACAGAUUGUGGCAUCUAUCUCCUACAGUAUGUGGAGAAAUUCCUCAAGGAUCCACCUCAAACUUUCUAUCCCAACAUGGACCUGAACGACUGGUUUUCACAGAAGACUGUGAAGAAGAAGAGGCAGCAAAUCAAACGACUCAUUCUCAAGCUUCACAAAGAGCAAACGGUUUGACUUUAGGUCACACGCCUUCUAUAGGUAAUGCAAUGUUACUGCGGCCUCAGCCACUUCAUGAAUUUGUGCAAAAAAAUACUGGUCUGUUAUUAAAUUAUUUUUUUAUUUGCUUUGGAAAUGGUUAAUGGGCUUGUGACCUUUAGUAAUAUGAAUAUAUUUGGAAAUCGAAUCUAUUCAAAUAAAGCAUUGUGUGUGUU